UCUGCUCCGGUCCGGCCACCUAUUCCCCGUUCCCAUUAUCCCAUCCCUCCCGACGAUUGCAAGACAGUGUACCGUUCUUUGCCUCACCAUUUAUCGGGAAAAACAUUGGAUUUGUGGAAACUUUUCUGACAUGAUAUGUGCUCCAUCUAAACUCUAACAAAAGAUUACUACUACUGGGUUCCGACCACCAGUCCCUGUUUAUGUGGGUUUCAAACUCAAUACUCAAGUCUUCUGGGUUUGCGAGAACUAAGGCUUUUCGAUAUAUCUGGUCCACCACCUUUCUUCUUCCUUCUCUGCCUGAUUAUAAUAACCCAACAAGACUUCAUAGCGGUUCACGACAUUAUGCUUCAAGCACUGGAGUUUGUUCCUGUAAGCCUUUUGGUGAAGACUCUCUGAAGCGCAUUGAAGUCUCAGAUGCUUGUGUUGAAACUAUUAGGAGUGUUCUUGUAAAGCACGGUUGGAUAAAUAGGUUUGAUAGUGUGUUUAGUAUCGAGCUUGAUGAAUACAAAGUCAUUAGGAUUUUGGAUGAUUUGUUUGCAGAGACUAAUGAUGCUUCUAUCGCUCUUUACUUCUUUAAGUGGUCAGAGUUGUGGAUUGGUGCUGAGCACUCAACCAGGUCUAUCUGCCGUAUGAUUCACAUUUUGGUAUCUGGAAACAUGAAUUAUAGAGCUGUUGACAUGCUUCUCCACCUGGUGAAGAGAUCCCAUGGAGUGUGUUUAGUGAUGAAUGAUCUUUUUGAAACUCGUGGUGAUCGUAAGGUUUUGGAGACAGUGUUUAGCAUGCUGGUUGAUUCUUGUGUUAAAGAGAGAAAAGUAGACAUAGCCAUGAAACUAGCUUACAAGAUGGAUCAGUUAGGUAUCUUUCCUUCGAGAGGGGUUUGUAUUUCGUUGCUCAAAGAGAUUCUACGGAUUCACGGAUUGGAGUUAGCAAGGGAGUUUGUUGAACACAUGAUUAGUCGAGGGAGGCAUCUUAACGCUGCUGUGAUUAGCUUAUUCAUUAGCAAACACUGCUCUGAUGGUAGUUUUGAUAAAGCUUGGGAGCUGCUUAUGGAGAUGAAACAACAGUAUGGAAUCAAACCAGACAUUGUGGCAUUUACAGUGUUCAUUGAUAGAUUAUGUAAGGCAGGGUUUCUAAAAGAAGCGACUUCGGUACUGUUCAAUCUCAAACUCUUUGGUAUCUCUCAGGAUUCUGUAUCAGUCAGUUGUGUUAUAGAUGGGUUCUGCAAGGCGGGAAAGCCAGAGGAAGCAGUUAAACUCAUUCAUUAUUUUCGUCUCAGACCAAAUAUUUUUGUGUACAGUAGCUUUCUGUCGAAGAUAUGUGGCGAGGGAGACAUGCUUAAAGCUUGUACCGUGUUUCAGGAGAUCUUUGAGUUGGGUCUCCUCCCUGAUUGUGUUUGUUAUACUACUAUGAUAGGUGGAUACUGUAAAUUAGGCAAAAUAGAUAAAGCUUUCCAGUAUUUUGGAGCUAUGUUGACAAGCGGAAACUCGCCUUCUUUAACUACAUAUACACUGCUUAUUGGUGGUUGCAGCAAGUUUGGAAACGUAGGCGACGCAGAAACAUUGUUUCGGAAUAUGAAAUUGGAAGGUUUGGUGCCAGAUGUUGUUGCAUAUAACAAUCUAAUGCAUGGGUAUGGGAAGAGUCAUCAGCUGAAUAAAGUUUUUGAGCUUAUGGAUGGAAUGAGAUCUGCUGGUAUCUCUCCAGAUGUUGCAACCUACAAUAUCUUGAUACACAGCAUGGUGGUUAGAGGAUAUGUUGAUGAAGCAAAUGGUAUUGUCAGUGAGCUUAUCCGAAGGGGUUUUGUUCCAAGUGUGUUAGCAUUCACUGAUGUGAUUGGUGGGUUUUCCAAGAAGGGGGAUUUUCAGGAAGCGUUUCUUCUGUGGCAUUACAUGGCUGAUCUUAGAGUGCAACCUGACGUUGUGACGUGCAGUGCGUUGCUACAUGGGUAUUGCAGAGCGCAGAGGAUGGGUGAUGCUAUGGUUUUGUUUAAUAAGUUGCUUGAUGCUGGGCUAAAGCCUGAUGUGGUUUUGUAUAAUACUCUUAUACAUGGAUAUUGCAGUGUAGGAGAUGUUGAGAAAGCAUGCGAGUUGAUUGGUGUGAUGGUUCAAAGGGGAAUGGUUCCAAAUGAGAGUACCUUUGUAGCACUUGUUGUGGGGCUUGAGGGAAAGACUGAUGUGGAGGACUCAGAAAAGCAUGCAUCCAUGUUACUUGAAGAAAUUUUUGUAGCCAAUAGUGAAAUGUAACACUGUUUUUUUUUUGGUGACUAAAGCUAUUUUCAGCGAUAAUUGAAA